AUGUUUGAUUGUACAGCAAGAACAGGAUUGGCUUCAGCAGGGAUCCCUUACGACGAAAUAGAAAACCUCAAGUCAGAAGAGAACAUUGAAGCACUAUUUGGCAAUUAUUCAGAUAACGAUAAUAAGGAAGAAAAUGAUUUAGUUGGCGUUGAAAAUAGUCACAAUGAAGUUAACUUGGAGAGUUUACUUAUAUAA